CUCGACUUCGCAACAUACUCGAAUCGACUAAUUGCCCGACAAGAUGGAGUACAACCGUCUCUCGGACGCCGAGAUCAGUCGGCCCUCGGAGCGCAACGCCCGCCACUCGUCCGGGUACGACCUCCAGCACCGCGAGAGCAUGGACCUCUGGCGCGAAAGCGUGCGUGAGAGCGAGAAGUGUCUGCGCACGUCGGCGUCGGGCGACUUUUCCCGCGCGUCCGAGUUCCGCGUCAUUGUGCCUGUGGAAAGUGACGUGACGCAGCCCGAGUCAAAGCGCGAUUACAAGGGCCGCAUUCGAACAUGGCCGGGGAUCCUGCUCUUGUUCUGCAUCGUAGCGGGCUCAGUCGUUGGCAUCGUCUUUGAGGCCCGUGACGCGCGCGACGCGGCGAAGGAACGCGUCCUGAUCGCCACCAACAGGCUCUUCAAGAACCACUCUGGCAACCUCGUUUCGGGAACCGCCGACACGGAUGCUGCCGACGGUCAAGUGGGCAACCCCAUGACAUACUCGACGACAAACUGCGAGCUUCCCAAUUACCUCAGCAAGAACGGCAAGAUCUACAGCACGAGUGCCAACGGCACUGAAGUCGCGGUCGGACUCAAAGGCCUCAACUGGUUUGGCAUGGAGACAGGCGUCAACGUGCCGCUCGGACUGUGGGCCAACAGCCAAAACGGCACGACCGCGUAUGUCAUUGCGCAGUUUAUGCAAGAACACAAGUUCAACGCCGUGCGCCUCCCAGUGUGCAUCACGAGCCUCCUCAAAAACACGCCACCGAUCAGCGGGCUCGUCAACAAGGCGCUCAACCGAGCGCUCGACACCUCAACGUACAUGAGCACGGUUCAGUCGAUUAUCAAGGUGCUCGCGUACCGCAACAUUGGCGUCCUCAUCUCGCUGCACACACUCACAACGACCAACUCGGGCGGCACGUGGUACGAUGAGAGCCUCGGCAUUUCCAAAGCCGACUUUCUCAAAGCGGUCAAGAUCCUCACGACCAACCUCUGCUCGGCCACGUACUGGAACGUCAUGGGGCUCGACGCUAAGAACGAACCGCACACAUCGACAUGGGCCGACUUUGCGUCCGGCGCCGAAACCAUUGGCACGCAAAUGCUCAAUGGGUGUCCCAACUGGCUCCUCUUUGUCGAGGGCGUCAACAGCGCGCAUACGGUGGCGCUCAACGGGUCGACGAUUUCGUAUUUCGACUGGUGGGGCGGCGGGCUCCAAGAGGCGGGUGGUCGCCCAGUGGCGCUCACGACGGCCAACAAGGUUGUGUACGCACCGCAUUAUUACACGCCGGCGGUCUCGCCUCAGGCGUAUUUCUACGGCCCGAGCUUCACCGAGCUCGACGACGCGACGCUGAAAGCCCGUAUUCAGGCGACGGCGUACGACAUGUUUGGCUACUUGAACGCCAAGCAAAAGGAGGCCGUCGUCCUCGGCGAGUUUGCGGGACUGUACGCCAAAGACGCCCACCCGCUCAAGACGACGCAGCGCGCGACGGACUUUCUCAUGGCCGUCAUGCUCGAGGAAAACUAUGCCGGCGGGUUCAUGUGGUCGAUCAACCCCGAGUCUGCGUAUCAGUACAACCCCGGCUGGACGGCCGGGACGUUCACCGAAGGCCUCGUCCUCGACGACUGGCUCACGCCCAACAGCGUCUUUCUCAAGGCGAUUGCGGUGCUCGAUGCGGUGCCCAACCUUCGGUCGUUCCCGUGUUUUCCAAACACAGCGUAAGAUCGAAACUAUGAUUUUGCUCCGAU